UGCUGCCGGCAUAUGUGCGACGAGCCACGCGCCGAGCGGAUGUGCUUCUCCGGAUCGGCGUCCCCGUCGCCACCCCGCCACUGCUCCCGCACCGUUCGCCAUGUGAAUGCGCCGCCUCAUGCCACUGUCGCCCCAGCGCCUCCGUUCGGAUGAUGCCAGGGGUCUACGUAUGGGUCAUCACGGCUGGCAUCGUCACUGGCGCCUUGCUGCUGGGCCUGGUCGUCUGGCUGGUAGUGUUCCGGCUACGCAGGGCUAAGCGCAACAGCGACUCGGCCGAGCCGCCGCUGCUUACGCGGGAACCAUGGCAUCGAAAAUCAAUGCUGUCGCAGCCUCUGGCCGGUAUGCUUCCGACCAAGUCCGGCGGGCUCGACCUGGGCCCGGCGCCACCACUGCUGACGCCCGAGUCGUUCGACGUGCAGCCGGCCCAGCUGACUGUUGCCGAGCCGGUGCAGCCUCUGGCGCGGCCGGGCUUUGUCCGCUGGAACUCCUUCUGCUCCCCUUCGGCCGAGGGCCUCGUCGGAAACCUAAUGCCCAAGGGUUGCAACGUCGGUUCUAGUACUCCUGACCAAACACGCACCUAUCAGUUUUGGGUUCAACACGGCUUUUGCCGCUCUCCACGCUCCCGCGGCCGCCUUUUCAUGCACAUCUGUGCACCCGGCUUGGAAAGGCUCGGCGAAGCGCAAAAACAGUGCCUGCGUUACAGCUGGUCUGAUGACGAAGACGCUACAGUACCAAGAUGCACAAACGGCAGGCUGUGGUUCAGCCUAAACUACAAGUCUGAAAGCGAGGAACUGGACGUCAACAUUAUAAAGGCCAAAUACCUACCAGGGCGAGGCCUCACAAACACUCCUCGAGAUCCAUUUGUCCGGGCUUACCUGUUGCCAGACGAAGAUACUUUCCAGCAGAGCACUGUCAACGCGACGCUGGCACCAAAAUUUAACGAAACCCUCACUUUCAAGAUUUCGGAGGGUGAAGUGCGCACGCGGUCCCUGCGGCUUUCCGUCUACGACAUCGACCGCAAGAAAGUGCGCCACUGUUUGGGCCACGUCACGCUGCAACUGGAGAAGGAACCACUCACUCCAGACAAAGUCGUCUGGUUGGACCUGGACAAUGUGCCCAAGAAAAGUUCUCAGAUUGGGGAGAUCCAGAUAUCCAUGACUUGCAACCCGUUCACCAACCGCAUCAGGGCGUCUAUUCUCAAAGUGCGGAAGUUCUCAAAGCAGGAUGAUGCCAGCAAAUGGGUGUACGUGAGGCUGUCGCUGAACCACGGCCGCAAGUGCGUCAAGGAGAAGCGGUCCGAGAACCGCGAGUGGGGCACUGGUGACGAAGCGACCUUCGGGGAUGCGUUCACGUUUGGCGUGGCUGGCCGCUACUUCGACUCGUGCAGCCUCAGCUUCACGGUCAUGGCGUCACCGGACGGCGCCGACUUCCGGCGGCUGGGCAAGACCGUACUCGGGCCCUUCAUGUACGCGCGCGGCGAGGAGCUUCGACACUGGCAGGACAUGCUCACCAACCCGCGCAGCGCCGUCACCCGGUGGCAUGCGCUCGAGUGCCCCACGGGCCGCGACGAGUGGAAGAGCGACUAAGACGCCUCGAAUCGAGGCCGCGCUUCUUUCGUCACGCCGGCUAUACCAGUGAGAUCGACGACCCACCCAAGUUGGAAGGGGAGAGCAGCACGCGGAGAGGACAGGAUGCCAAGAAGCUGUGGUCUGUGACACUGGCCUCGACGUCACGCUGCUUGAGAGUUUGUCCGAGGCUCAAUUUCGAGGCGAGCUCGUCGAUUUCAAAAGGCCUCCGUUAUCGUCUGGCAUGAGCCACGACCUGAAUGCCCAAGCAAAAUCUGCUACACGCCAAGCAAGGCGCGAUGUUAGAAGAGUCUUUCCUUAUUUUUCUUUUCAUUUUUGUCCUUCUUUUCUCACAUCUGAACCACUGGUAGGCACUGUAGUCUUCUGGGCAACUAAACGCAAAGAUAGGCGAAGACUGGCGCCAGGGCCGCCUGUUAUUGCAAAUUUUUGCGGGCUUGUCAUUCCGUGCAAACGCAAUAAAUGGCAAUGAAAGGGUGCUGCUGUAGACAAAAACCCUAUAAUAAUGGUCCAGUAUUGGAGCUUUGUUUGACUGGUAAUCUGUAAACAUUUCUUAAUAGGGAAAAUAAACUGCUUUUCGGGACUUCCGCACGCUACGUAUGCGCCAUUACACAAAACAGGGUUUGCAUUUUCGAUGUCACCGUCUCUAACGAAAUGACAUAGACCUUUUCUAAAAAAAAAAAAAAGAAAUUGCGGCAUGGGUCAGGAUACACUCUGCGAGGUUACCUCAGUUUGUGCACUAACACCAGCGAUAUUCGCUGUGCGGCUUGCGUUGAGUUCUGUACACCCAGAGCACAGCAAUACUCUCAUUGCAAAAAAGCCACCGUGCGUUUUCACACCAGUAUUGAGACACAUAAUACGCCGACUUGUACUUCAAAACAUCCCUAUUUUAGUGGGUUUAGUUAUCGCAUGCACUCUAUUUAUUAGCAAAAAGUAUUCAUAGAGACUGCUAAAAGUGAUUCUUUUUUUGUCCUUCAAAAUAAGGGGGAGGGGGUGAACGUCUUAAUUAAAAAAAAAAGAAAGAAAACAGCAACUGCAAAAUUGAACACCCGUUCGCAGGAAUUCAAUGACGAUAAACUCAGAGAUGCGUAAAUCUUAUUAUGGCAGCUUGUGACAUCAUAAAUAUUUCUAAAGUGUCAUUUCAGCAUUUGUCACAUGCUUUAACAUGACAUACAGAAGGUGAAGGAAAAAGGCUACGGACUCUCUUCUCACAAGUACUGCAACAGUGCCUCGUCCAAUUACUGCCCAUGACCCAGAGUGCAUUAUUGGUCCAAUGCGACACUAGUCAUGUUAGCAGAUGUUCUUUUUAUAAGCAAGCCACGCGUCUGUGAAUAUUCUAUUUUAUCUCUUUUAGGAGCCCUUCUGUCUUGAUCAGCCCAUUCGGUUUUUGGGGAGGAGCUGCAGUCUACGAGCCGUGCAUUUCUCAUUUAAACUUUCAAUACUAAUAUCCGUCCAUCAAAUGUCUUGUUAGAUUAGUUGAGUAUCAUUGGUGCGUCAGCGGAGUUUUUUUACUCGCUAGAUAAUAACACGAUACACUAAUUAUCGCACACGUUAUGGCUUAUAUAAUGGCAUAACAUCAUUAAUAUUUCAUUGGAGUACUUUGAUGCAGCGAAGGCAUGUAUGUCGCUUUGUUUCAUGUUUUUUUAUUACUAUUAUUAUUACUUUAUGUGCGCAUGAUGCAAGUUGUUCGAAAGUCCGUAAUGUUUUCGCGCUCAGUGCUGCCAGAACAGCGAGAACGUAAAAGCAAGAGGAACUAAUGCGCCGCCUUUGCUUUAUGUUAUUUGCAUAAUUUAAUGAUCACUAAUAUCACUGCCAUUAUUCUUUUCUAUUUGGAGAUUAAGGACGAAAGAAUUAAGCAGAUGUGCUGGCGAACAAUUUUGACUGUUGUGCCCUAAUCCUGCAAGUGCGAGAAACAAUGCAUGGCAUCACUUGUUUGUGUUUUCGUUGGCUGUCGAGUUUGUGAACGAGUAGUUUCGUACGUCGCCGGUGACAGUGGCCGGUGAAAAGUAAAAGCGUGUCAAGUGCGUGGGUGCCUUCUUUUCUCACUCCCAGCAGAUUCCGCACAAUUCCACAACAAUUCACAGCACAAUUCCGCUCUAUCACUUGAGUUGGAUGAAUGGGCAGGCGCAAUUUUCCGGGCAAGAUAGAACCAUUAGAUAGGCAAGCACUUUAAACACAAGCGGUUGAGUGAUGUGCGCCCAUUGCGAAUGCAGAGCCGUAGGAGCCUAUCAUGCUUCAAAUUCAUUCUAUUUUGCAAAACUCUUGUGGCGUGAUCGGACAUCAGUGUAGCCGCAGUCUAAUUCCGUGCCCCAAGGUCAGCUUCAUUUCCCAAACAAGUGCACCGCAUGCCUUCAAACAUUCAUGAGGUAAGCACGAUAUAUUGUAAAGGUACGUUCACACUACAGCGGGAAAAACUCGAGCAGGAUGCCGCAGGUUGGCAGAACGCGCCAGCAUCGGCAUGGCCACACUUGCGGGCGUCUUUUGCCGCCGCGGCAAGCAAGUGAUUCGCUAUCAGCUGGAUUCACUGCAGCUGUAAUCAGCUACGCUGAGAGAGGGGGGUAUAUUUCCUUGCAGCGCUUGGCCACGUGAAUGAAUCGGCCGCUCCUCAUUGGUCUCCCCGAUCGGCGGCAAGCGGCAUGGCGUGAAAAAUAGCUCGAGACCCAUUCGCUCCGCGGUAGGAAAAUGUUGCCGCUCGCCUGUUUUCGCGGCACGCUUUCUGCCGCCGGCGGUGUGCCACGCGCGUUGUUGCGGCUUGUGUGGACGCAUACCUUAACCGAGGUACGCGACUUCGCCUUUCCGGCGCGAGUGCUCAGAGUGGCGUAUCAGCCGUCGGGAUAUAAGAACAAAACUUUUCUAACCCAUCAAGUCGAGGUGGGGCAAGGAGGCCGUCUUGUUCCCCUUGAAUCCGUAAAUAGUUGCCCAACCUGCGCCGUAUUUUUGGGCGAUUCACUUCGGUUUCUGUUCCUGUCAUCCGUUCCACCAAGUAGCCGAUUCUCGCGAUGACAGUGCCGCGACGACGUCGAAGCCAAAUACGAAAAGUUAAACUAAUAAAAAGUUAAUUGUCCGAGUAGAAAACACGGCCAUUGGGUUCUCUGUUGAACGCAUUCCAUUAUCCGUUUUUAUCACCCGUCGCGCCAAGUGGCCCAUCGCUGCGAUAGCGUAGGCCUCUCUGCAUCCGAGCCAAAGACGUAGGACGAAAAGAAUGAAAAAAGUAAAUGGUUCCUCGCAAAAUGUGGCCCCUAAUGGUAUUUUAAUAUCGGAUCAGUUGAAGCGCAUGCAAAGCUAGGAAGAUAUUAGCCAUUUAUUUUGGCCAUGGGAGAUAGUUGAAUGCAUCUGUGGCACUUGAAUUAUGCACUACACUCUUAAACAGUUGAAUGAUUGAAUGAAUGAUGGAUGAAUCGAAAACUGAGUGGUGAUAAAGUUGAAUGAUGAAAAAGUUGAAGGUUUAUUAAAAAUACACCUAACCGAUUGCCCAGCUUAGAGUCGUAGGUUUUACCUGCCCACAUAAAAACGUCGUGGUUAUGGAGCUUCAUCGUAUGUCAUUAGCAACUUUUUAUAGAUGUAUUAUAAUUAAUUAAUUAUCAGCUUCUAUAAGGAACUUGUGGUUGGACGUUUCAGAAGUAAAACAUUAGUUUUUACAUGGUAAUAUACAGGUAUUCCAGCUCUGCAACCACUGUUGAGGCGUAGCGGUAUGUUCCUCUAGCAGAUAAAAAUAAAAAAUAAAAUAGAGGCAAAGCUUAAGUAAAUAUUUGGAUACACCAGUACCCCUGCAUUUCCUGUUUUGCAUGUGUUUCACAGAGUGCAAAAUAAUAACGUGCGCUACUGUAGUCUUCGCGAGUCACGCGUAAUUCAGUGCAAACGACCCGGUUUCCUUUUUUGCGAUCUUUAUCUUUCUGAGUAAAGCAUCGGUCAAAAUGAUAGUUGAAACUAUCACGGCAUUUUUUUUACACAUUUGACAUAUUGUUUAUAGUUACGAGAAGCAAUGUUGACCACGGCGUUCACGACGCAAAAAAGCCGGGAUAAACGAGCGAAUUCAGAGUUGAGUGUUUCUUUUUUCAGUCUUUUUUUUUUUUUCAACGUUACAUUCAACACACUAUACUCUGUGCUGUGCUCAUGAGCCAUUGUGUAAACUGUGACAAUUUCUGGUCGAAAUCGAUGUUUUUCUGUGUUCGCUGAAAUAAAGCUCGAAGACCAAGUGCUUCACUGUG